GGCCGGGCCCACGCCGCGGCGGGACGGGAGGAGCCGCAGGGGCCCGCAGGGAGCGGCUGAGGCGGCGGCGGCUCCUCCUCUCCAGCCAUGGCUGUAAAGGACCCUACAGCUGUAGAAAGAGCAAAUUUACUGAACAUGGCUAAAUUGAGUAUCAAAGGACUCAUUGAAUCAGCUUUGAGCUUUGGUCGCACUCUGGAUUCUGACUACCCACCUUUGCAGCAGUUCUUUGUUGUCAUGGAGCACUGCCUGAAGCAUGGCCUUAAAGUAAGAAAAUCCUUUCUAAGUUACAAUAAAACCAUCUGGGGUCCUCUGGAACUUGUGGAGAAAUUAUAUCCAGAAGCUGAGGAAAUAGCAGCAAGUGUCAGAGAUUUGCCUGGCCUUAAAACACCACUGGGCCGUGCCCGGGCCUGGUUACGGUUAGCACUAAUGCAGAAGAAAAUGGCUGACUAUCUUCGCUGUUUAAUCAUUCAGAGAGAUCUUCUCAGUGAAUUUUAUGAGUAUCAUGCACUAAUGAUGGAGGAAGAAGGAGCAGUUAUUGUUGGGCUAUUAGUUGGGUUAAAUGUGAUAGAUGCUAACCUGUGUGUGAAGGGAGAGGACCUAGAUUCACAAGUUGGGGUGAUUGAUUUCUCUAUGUAUUUAAAGAGUGAUGAUGACCUUGGGGGUAAGGAAAGAAAUGUACAGAUUGCUGCAAUUUUGGACCAAAAGAAUUAUGUUGAAGAACUAAACAGGCAACUGAAUAGCACAGUUAGCAGUCUACAUGCAAGAGUUGAUUCACUAGAGAAAUCAAACACUAAACUGAUCGAAGAGUUAGCGAUAGCCAAAAACAAUAUAAUUAAACUUCAAGAAGAAAACCAUCAAUUAAGGAGUGAAAAUACUCUUAUUUUAAUGAAAACACAGCAUCAUCUAGAGGCAACUAAAGUGGAUGUUGAAGCAGAACUUCAGACAUACAAACACUCUAGGCAGGGUUUAGAUGAAAUGUACAAUGAAGCACGUAGACAGCUUCGAGAAGAAUCACAACUUCGACAAGAUAUGGAGAAUGAGCUAGUGGUUCAAGUUAGUAUGAAACAUGAGAUAGAACUUGCCAUGAAGUUGCUGGAGAAGGACAUCCAUGAGAAGCAGGAUACCCUCAUAGGUCUUCGACAGCAGCUUGAUGAAGUUAAAGCAAUUAACAUGGAAAUGUACCAAAAGCUGCAGGUUUCUGAAGAUGCUAUGAAAGAAAAGAAUGAAAUAAUUGGCCGAUUAGAGGAUAAGACCAAUCAAAUUAAUGCAACUAUGAAACAACUAGAACAAAGUGACAAAGAUCUGUUAACUCAAACUAGGACUAUUGCAAUGUCAUUCAUCAAAUGCGCCAGCAAUGAAGCUCAGCACCAGUAUAAACUUGUCAAAGAUAUAUCAUUCUGAAAGCUCCUCCAGAUCUGUUGUGUUUAAAUAAUUACUGAUAAAAUACAACUUAAGAAUUUUAAAAUUACAACUUUAAAUAUAAAGUGGUAUUAGAAAUCCUGCACUGUAACUGAUCGUAGCUGGGUUCUAUUUUAUUUUCUGAAAGAACAUCAUCUCCGAUCUCACUUUACCCCUCUUAAAAAAAAAAAAAAAGGAAAAAAAAAAGAAAAAAGUAAACUGCACUAUUAGUAAGCAAAUGUAAGCUAGUUUUCUAAUGCUAUUUAAUCACUUCUUAAUUGUCAAACAAAGUUUAUUUUAAAAGGUUAGCUAUCUUUACUUUGACUACAUUUUUAUGAUAUUUGUUUCUAAUUAGUGAAUUUUCCUAUUCUUUAUGGUACUAAUAGAUUUAAAAAGUAGCCCUUUUGACUAGUAUUUCCAUUCUCCCCUGCUUAUUUCUUUCACUUUUAGGCUGUAUUUAUCCCAAAAGCAUGCUGUCUGUUGGGUUUUUUGGUUGUAACUAGCACUGUUUUCUUAAAAAGUGACAGGAGUUUGGGGGAAGGGGGGUUGAGUGCUAUAUCAAAACAAUAUAUUUAAAAAAGGAGGGUGGUGUCAACAUAUAUGUCCAGUUUGUACAGUGGAAGAAUUACAGGUUUGGGGGAUAAAACAGCUAAAGCACAAUUCCAUUUUGCUGAUGUGACGUGGGGUAAAAUAUUUUCAUGGAGUUAAAAUGUGUUUGGAGCUUGGACUUGGAUGGGGCUCCAGACAGGAAGGACAGCACGCUUUCGCAAAUUUUGUAGCUGUGACCCCUGCCUAGAACAGCUGCACUGUGAUAGCUACAGUGGAAGCUGUAGUAAUAAAUAGGAUUUACGUUUAGGCCCCAGAUCCUGAACCUGUCUAACUUGUUUGUCAGCUAAGGAUCUUGCCUCUCUGUGGCUACAUAAACACUGUAAUCAUAACUCGUGGUUUUGCCCAACCCCUUUUUCCUCCCUUCACCCAUCAUUAGGCAGUCUUUACAACUCAUAUUUCUGCCUUGAGUUGCUGCUCGCCUGCACUGCAGAAAUAAGAGAGUUUUAGCUGCUGACUGCCUUUGACGCGCUUCCCAAUGUUUGCUUUCAAGUGUAGAGAAGAAGUUGACUGGGAGAAGAAUCUUAGGGUCUUUUUAAGCAGAAGGGGAUGUAUUUGCAAAAGUGGGGGCAGGAUGCAAUAAUACAGAAAGGGUUUCUACUACCCGAUAACAUAUUACCUUAUUCCUUGGUUUGGAAUCAGAAAGAGCCUAUAACAUGGGCUGGCUACUAAAAAAUAAAUACGUAUCUCCCAUCCUCAAAGAAAACCUAAACCAGAAACACUGAAUAGAACAACAGGUAGACCAUAGCAGAAAUGGGAGCGUUAACCAUCUCACGGUCAUCUAUGCAAACAAGUAUCUCCUUCAGUAUCAUCUGAAUCGCAAAUCCUGCUGCGAACUUGGUCCAGCUCAGCAUUUGUCUGAAUUACAGCAGUGCAGUUAGCCUCGGUGCUAGUCUAGAGGAUCGUGCUGUAGCUUGGGUUGGCUAGCAUGUUUCUUGGGUAGCAAGCUCCCUUUCUACCUUGGUUGUGGAAAAUACACUCCGGUUCAAUUUGUGAUUUAGGGACAGUUUUAACUUGCUUUUGGUGUUAUUGUCUUGUGUAGCUUCAUUCAGCUGCCUCUGCCCAGUGAAUUGACCCUGCCUUUUUCCAGUAUUUUCCUUUCCAUAGAUGUUUUGGCCCUCUGUGCCACUACCAUUGCAAAUGUGACUGGGAACAUUAUUAAAACAACUGGUGUAGUUGAAUGAGAUAGUACACACACUUUAUAAGGUAGUUUCAUUCCAGUCUUUUUUCACUUGUUUACUGGCAGCUUUUGGAAACUCCUGCUGGUGCAACUUCAUCAGUAGAAGCACAAAUGUAGACAUAUUGCUGACUUAAUUUCUUUUUAGUUGACAUUGGGAGUUGUGAGUAACUCUGCAUUCAGCUAGCUGCUGGGCAGUGAGAAAUCAAGCACAGAGAGACAAUAUCACAGAUGUCUCCCACCACUUACCUGAGAGGCCCUUGAAACAAUUUUGUUAAACACGACACAGCAGGUGGGGACAUUCAGUGGUAUUUUACAGGCUUUUUUACUCUCCUGCCUUUUCAUCAAGACAGGUGUAGCCAUGAUAUAGCACAAGUUCCAUUUUAGUAACUUGACUUUUGUUACAUUACAUCCAUCUUUUUUGGACUGAAGAGGUGACCAAGCAGAGAGGAACAACAGUGAACUAAUGGAUUCCAAGGGGAGUGCUAGCUGAAGCAUUAACAAACCCCUAGAAUUCAGAAAAGAAAGAUUAAAUAAAAACCCCAAUCCCUCAUUUCCUGAUUAAUUGGUUUUAUUUAUUUUGGCUAUAGUAUAGAGCUAUUUUAACCAAUGUAAGAAUGCAUUAUUUUUAAUACAGAUUAUUUAAAUUAAUUUAAUGAUAUGAUGUAGUUGAGGUAGUUCUAUAAAUGUAGUGGGACCUGUCAGGGUGUGUCUUGUUGUAUUAGGCUAGUUAAGUUUUUUUGCUGUCUGAUUGCAGUGCUCUGUAUUCAGCCUUAUGCCUGAAUUGUUUUGAGCUGCUUUUGCACAACACAUGCUCUGCCCUGUCUUAAUGGGUGAUUAGUACAAGCCAAGUACUUUUACAGGAUUUAUUUGGGAGGGGGAAAAAAAAAAAGCUUCCAAAAAUAACACAUGAACAUAUGCUAGAGGAAAAAAAAAAGCAUUAAGGUAUAUGCUUCAAUUCUAAAAUAUGUAUCCUCAUGCUUUGGCAUCUGUUAUUCAUGAGCAUAAAAUAAAACAGUGAUUACUUACA